ACUUUUGAAAACACAAUGACAAUUACCUAUUACCUAGGGUCUACCUAUAAUCUCAGCGCAUCAGUCAUCAGUACACCACUACGCCACUACAUCAGUAGACAUUUACUCAUUCACUGUGUCGUUCUUCAAACGAAUUAUUUCGAACAUUUUGCAUCGCGAAUUUGGGCAGUUCCUUGCAGACAUUUCCCCAUAACCGGCAUUACCAUGAACUCUUCGAAGAAUUCAUCUAGUAAUAACAAUAUGGAUUACUAUAUGAAACGUCAAAAAAAUAACGAACAAGCCAAAAUCAGCAGGUUAAGGAAAAAGGAACUUGAAAUGGAAAUCGCCAAGAAGAAGCAAAAACUCGAAGUCGCCUACGUAAAACUACAAAAGCAAAUAAACCAUAUGCAAUCAGUCCGAGCGUAAACAGAUGUAUAUUUUAUAAGGUAAACCACAAUCAUUAAUUUUUCUUAAAUUUAAAGUUAAUGUAUAAAAUAAUUUGUUUUUUUAUAAUUAGAUUGUGUUAAAACGUUGUUCAAUUUUAAAAUAAAAUGUAGGUAUCUUCAUAAGGUCUUUCCUGUAUAAUUCAAAAUUGAAUUUAUUUUUUAUUUUUAUAUGUUAUCGAAAUGGUUUUUAAAUACCUACAUCAGUAAUGGUUUGAAUAAAGAGUUAAAUUAGUUAUUUGUUUUAAGGUAUUUUCGAUGUUAUAGAGAGCAUUAUUCAAAUAGAAAUAUCUAAAUAAUCAUCUAAGUAUAAUUGUAUUUAAAUAAAACUGUUAGCGAAUAAAUUCUUCAGCAAUUCCACUAAAAAAUUAAAAAAAAUUAAAACUUGGUAAAUUCUUCAUGGGUAUAGUAAUUAUUUCAUUAUUUAAAUAUUUUACGGCUUAAGUUUUUUACAAAAAAUAUUGCUCCAAUAUAAAAACAACAAGAACUUUUUAGGUGAAUUUUGAAUUUAGUUGUUGACCAAGAAAAUCGUUUUUUGAUUUUGUUUGUAGUUUUUUAUAAUAAUUGAGCGAAAUCGAAAAACGGGGAAAUUACGAAAAUAAUUCUUUUAUUCCUUUAGUUUUUUUUUUUGUAAUGUAAUUCAGUUACAAAUAUUCGUAGACUUAACAUUUUCAUAGAAAUGUUAUAUAUGCUUUUUAUAAAUGUGGCAAACUUUUAAAACAUUUAAGCUAUUUAUAGAUAUUUUAAUUUUGAGAUUGUUUUAUGUAAUUUUUAUUUAGUAGGUAGGUACUCUGUAGAUAAAUUGUUAGACUUGACAGAAUUGUUUGAAAAUUCAAUAGAAAGUUAAUUAUAAGUCGUACUUAGUGGUCAAAAAAAUUGUUUUUAUCUAAAUGUAGUAUUUUUUUUUUUUUUUUUUUAUAAAGGAAUUUUAAUAUUAAAUUUUGACGAAAAUUUUAAGUAUUACGACCUUUCAAUACUUGUAUAACUGAACUUCGCUUCUAAUCGUUUUUCGUUAACAAUAGUUUAUCGUUAGUUACAGGAAUAAAUUAAAUAACUUUAUGUAUUCUACUUUUCCUACUACCCACCUACAACAGUGGCCGUACCCGUCCCUAGUAUCAGUUUAGUUUUCAGUCAGGUUUUUGUUUCGCAAAUGUUUGGGACACAAAUGUAGAGAAAAAUUAAAUUAUAUAUUAUUCUAAAAUGUUUAACGUAUCACACAUUCAGAUCCGAUAAAUAGUUUCUUAGUAAUACGUAGUCGUUUUAAUAUCUAGAGAAAAAUGUGAAAAAUGAGAUUACCUUGUUACGCGAUUGUGAAUCAUAGUCGAUUUAGAUACAAAGGUAAUCGCAGUAAAUUAAAAUAGUAGUAAUACUCAGAAAAUAUUGACCAAAUAUGAGUGUAUCAUACAAUACAUUUUUAAAUUAAUGUACCUAUUUUACAAAAUUUGCUAUUUUGAAAAUUUUUAAAAGGGAAAAAAUAAAGUUAUUUUUUUCAGCGAUUAAGAGAUGAAAAUUAAAAUAUAAUUUUUCACUAAAUUUGUGUCUCCCUGACACAAAAUCCUAUUAAAAAAUAUAUAUGUAUUUGUAUAUAUAAUUAGUACAACUAAAUAUUUAAAUGUAGGGAUGAUUGUUUUAUUCUGAGUAAGUGUAUUGAGUUUGGGAGGUUUAAAAAUUCUUUGAAUAAAUUUAAGAAAUAAAAGAAUCCUACCUCAAUGUGAUUAAAAAAAAAAUUACAAUAAUAUUAAAGGAAAUACAAUCAAUUAGACCAAUGUGCGAUGUAGACCAUUUUAUUAGUAUGACCUUAUUAGUUUAACCUAACCUACUUAUUACCAUAUAAAUACUACCUAGUAUUUAUAUGGUAUCAAUGUUAUUUCUUUAUAAUUUUUUAACACAUAAUUAUAGUUCGUCUAGCCGUUAUCGUUAAUUAGAAUUAAUUAAAUAGAUUUUUAUUAUUUCUUUCAGAGUAUCCAGUCAUUCAGUCUCUAGAGUAUAUAUUUAUACCCAAAGUUAACAACAACCAUCACAGAAUACAUAGGUAUACAUUAUCUAAAAGCUUAACAAUUUCAGAUUUUUGAAAAAUAUAAUUAUCCAAUAAUAAUAUGGCAUUCUCUAGUCAUAGAAUUUUUUUAAAAUUGAUUUUAAUUAUUUAUUUAACAAUUAAAUCGCUACCUAUUUAUAAUAUUCAUACAAAUAUCUGUUCUCAAAACAUCUAUAAUAUUAUCUACACUUAGAUUUAUAAAUUAACGUUUAAUAUGUAAACAUUAUUACAUAUAUAUACAUACCUACAUGUAUACCUACUUAACUAGGUACCUAAUUAGCAUUGCAAGUUAUAUUGAUAUGCCAAUAGUAGAAUUUAUUAGAAUUAAGUACGGUAUAUGUAAUAUGUAUUUUACAAGUUAGCUCCUAAAUAAUAUUUAUACACUUUAUCUAUAAAAUAAUAUUAAAUAAAUAAUUAUAUAAUAUAUAUUUAAUAAUUA